CUAUAAAAUGCGUCAUUUUUCUUUUUUUGGAUAAUGAAAUCUCAUUGGCGUAGAACUUCCUCUGUCAUUUCCAAGAAUUUUGUUAAAAAUGAAUGGCUUCUCCUCCUCUCCUCUAGCUCACGCAAGCAGAAGAUUAGAAAGGAAAGUAGCUAUUGUAACUGGAGGAGCUAGUGGAUUUGGAGAAAGUACAGUGAGACUUUUCUUACAAAAUGGUGCAAAAGUUGUAAUAGCAGAUGUUCAAGAUGAAAUUGGACAAUCCCUUUGCAACAAUCUCCUCAAUUGUAACGAUAACAACGAUGUUACAUACAUACAUUGUGAUGUAACAAAAGCCUCCCACGUUGAAAACCUCGUUGACACGACAAUUUCCAAGUAUGGCAAACUCGACAUCAUGUUCAACAACGCAGGAAUUCCGGGGAAUCUCGAUUUUAGCAUAAUCGAUGCGGAUAACGAGAAUUUCAAAAAGGUAUUCGAUGUUAACGUGUACGGAUCUUUUCUCGGGGCAAAAUAUGCUGCACGGGUAAUGAUUCCGGCUAAGAAAGGUGUCAUUCUUUUUACAUCUAGCUCGGCCUCUGUUUCUUCGGGCGAAUCGCCACAUUCGUACACCGUCUCGAAACACGCAGUUGUCGGACUAAUGAAGAAUUUGUGUGCUGAAUUAGGACAACAUGGGAUCAGAGUGAACUGUGUUUCACCGUGUGCGGUGGCGACGCCGAUGUUAGUGAAGGCAAUGGGAGUCGAUAAGAGCGUCGUGGACGGAAUAAUUUGCUCGUCGGCGAAUUUAAAAGGGGUGGUGCCGACGGCGGAGGAUGUGGCGGAGGCGGCGUUGUAUUUGGCGAGUGAUGAAUCUAAGUUUGUGAGUGGAGUUAAUCUUGUGAUUGAUGGAGGUUAUAAUACUACUAAUAUGGCUUAUAUUAAAGCAAUCCAAAAUGCAUUAUCUUCGGUGUAACUUUUUUAUUUUAUGGUCAUAAUAUUCAGUAUUCAUUAUGAGGUUUGAUUAUAUUAAUUCAGAACUGCAUGUCAUAAGACGUGCGCAUUGAAGGCGAAGCCCUUUCAUCAAGUAUUUUUUCUAUUCUCAAAAUGUCUUUGUGGAGAAGAAGAUUGUUAUGAUUUAUGAUUAUUGAAUGACAUUUGUAUGAAAUAUUUGAAGAAAUAAAGUUUUGUAUCAAUUUAUUUGGCUGA